AUGCAGAUUUUCGUGAAAACAUUGACUGGUAAGACAAUAACACUUGAAGUUGAAGCAUCGGAUACUAUUGAGAAUGUCAAGGCAAAGAUUCAGGACAAGGAAGGAAUUCCACCCGACCAGCAGCGUUUGAUUUUCGCUGGAAAACAACUGGAAGAUGGUCGUACAUUGUCUGAUUAUAAUAUCCAAAAAGAAUCAACCCUUCAUUUGGUUCUUCGUUUGCGAGGUGGAAUUAUUGAACCAUCACUCCGUAUGUUAGCUCAAAAGUACAAUUGCGACAAGCAAAUUUGUCGUAAGUGCUAUGCACGCCUUCCGCCUCGUGCUACAAAUUGUCGUAAAAAAAAAUGUGGCCAUUCAAACGAUUUACGACCAAAGAAAAAGCUGAAGUAA